AUGAGAGCCGGAAGUAGCGUUACGAGAAGCAGCUCACCAGGCUCAACUCCACGAGCCCGUGGUCAAGCGUGUGAGAGAUGCUGGAAGCGAAAACAAAAGUGCGAUCGAAAAUUACCCGAAUGUGCAGCGUGCGUAGGGGUCGGCGUGCGAUGUGUUCGUCGGAAGUUCCCCAUUGAGCCAAUCACGAAGAACGGCGGCAGUCUCUCCCACGCUGCGGUUCCCAGUUACGUAGAGACAUUGAAAAGAAAGCGCGAUGACUUGGAGGCUCGCAUACGCUGCCAACGACCACGUCCAAAUAGCAAUGCACCUACGGAGCAUAUGUAUAUCGGUCAAGAUGCAUCUUCAGAGGGGGAUCAAAAUGCCACGGAACACACUGUCCAGGCAGCGAUGAGUGAGAUUCGAUUUCUAUCCAGGAGUGCGAUGGCAGAGCCUCGGGACGAGACUGGUGGACUCUCUCAGGAGCUUUCGAUUGGGCGUAUGCUACGGUCAACGCUGUCUCUCAGCGGAGCCAAUCCAGCGCACUCAGUCAUAGAUCCAUAUGGACAGAGUGUAACGGCGAUGGUUGACUCGUCGAUGACGUCGAACAGAUUGCUGGCUCUACCGUUCAUUACUCGCUUUGUCGAGACAAUAGGAGUGCAGUUCCUUCACAUCAAUCCAAACGAAACCUUGGAUGAUUUUGAGACAUUGUACAAGACAUCAGACGAUGCCAACAGUCAUGUGGACUGCCUCUCGCCCGUCAAAAGAUUCAAUCUAUACUUGUCUCUGGCCACUGGCGCGCUACUUUCUCCUGGAUCGGGCAGUCUCCAAGGGCUGGCCAGUAACUAUCAUGCUACUUCCAUGAAGCUCUUCCCCGGAAUACUCGAUAACGGAACAAGACUAGAUAUUCUUCAAUGCAUGCUAUCACUCAUCAUAUACUCAAUGCACAGCGCCCUUGGUGGGUCUGCAUGGCACUUGAUGGGGCUAGCCAUGAAGAAGGCAAUCGCUUUCAGAUUCCAUAAAGACGUGGACGCUGAUACUCAAAUAUCGCCUGAGAUGUUGAAAACUAGACGGAAUGUCUUUUGGACCCUUUAUAGCCUUGAUCGAACCAUCAGCACGAUAAUGGAUCGGCCAUUCAGCAUUGAAGAUGAAGACAUAGCAGUUUUGAGCCCCGAAGAAUAUCACAACGCCGCCUCGUCCCAGGAUUCUGACCUCGCUCUUCAUCUUGUCUCGCAUGCAAGAUUCAUGUCAAACAUCAGAGAUUCCCCUUCCAAGAGUGUCUUAUACCAUUAUAGUAACUUGUGUUAUUGGAAGGACUGCGCUGCUGGGCGUGAUCCCGCCGCCAAAUAUCCGGCAGUCCAUAUCAUGCGUCUCUCAUGCCGGGCGAUGAUCGAAAUUCUAAAAAUCAAAGGCUCGGUAACUGUUGAACCCAAUCUAGUUCGCAGUGCCAGCAGCAUUGAAAAUGAUUUCAUCAAGGGUUGUGUGGACUAUAUCGAGGAAGAAUAUCAAAGGUCCGACCGUGGUGAAUUAGGAGGCUUUGUGGAAGCCUAUGACAUUUUCAACGCGGGGGUGGUCAUAGUUUGUUUGGCUGCAGGAAAGCCAUCAUUCCCUCUACGCGAUGCCAAUAUUGUGAACAAGUGUACUGCUUUACUUACACUUCUUGGGGAACGAUUUUCCGGCCUGCGUGUCUUCCGCCGUGUGCUUUGGGCCCUCUCGGGUUUGGUUCGAGGCGAGUCGGUGAAUGACCCGAUCAUCCGUGAACUUCCCCCGGUAAUACCUGGCGGGAUUCGAGAGUUGAUCUCCGGAUUCAUGUGA